ACGCAUCAUCCACUUCCAUCUCACCACCACCAACCACCGUCACCGCUCACAAAUUUUCUUAUCCUCCUCCGCUACAAUCUAGGGUUCCGGCAAUGGACACCACCACAGGAAAGGCAAAGAAAGGCGCCGGAGGGAGAAAGAUCGGCGGCCCAAAGAAGAAGCCAGUUUCCAGAUCCAUCAAAGCCGGUCUCCAAUUCCCCGUCGGAAGAAUCGGCCGCUACUUGAAGAAAGGCCGAUACGCUCAGCGCGUGGGAACCGGCGCUCCGGUGUACCUCGCCGCUGUUCUGGAGUAUCUCGCGGCUGAGGUGCUUGAAUUGGCUGGAAACGCGGCGCGUGACAACAAGAAGAACAGGAUUAUCCCGAGGCAUGUGCUGCUUGCUGUGAGGAACGAUGAGGAGCUUGGGAAGUUGCUUGCUGGUGUGACUAUUGCUCAUGGCGGUGUUCUUCCGAAUAUUAACCCUGUGCUUCUGCCGAAGAAGACUGCUGAGAAGGUUGCCAAGGAGCCUAAGUCUCCGGCUAAGAAGGGUGUGAAAUCGCCUAAGAAAGCUUAGAUUUGGUUUUGGUUAAUGUUUUUAGUUAAUUAAUUAAGGUUUCAUUUGUGUGUGUGUGUGUGUGUGUGUAUAUUGCUGUUUAGGUCUUUCUUGUGUGAUGGAAAGAUUAAAUGGGUUUGGGAUAAUGUAAUUCUGAUCUACCUCUAAUUGUAUCACCUGUAGGGAGUUUUAUGCAUCAAUGGAAACAUCUUGUUUUUAAUCCCCAAAAA